CCCACGCUUCCCGCCAGUCCCCUAACCCUGAGGCUGCGGCGCGGCUGUCACUGCGCCGGAGUAGUGGGCCGCAGUGCUGCGCUCUCUGGCCGCUCCUUACAGCUCUGCUCCAGGCUCCCGUGCAGACGUGUAGUGGGACAUGGCGAACUCGGGCUGCAAGGACGUCCCGGGUCUGGAUGAGGAGAGUUUUCUGUACUUUGCCUACGGCAGCAACCUGCUGACCGAGAGGAUCCACCUCCGAAACCCCUCGGCGGCGUUCUUCUGUGUGGCCCGCCUGCAGGAUUUUAAGCUUGACUUUGGCAAUUCCCAAGGCAAAACAAGUCAAACUUGGCAUGGAGGGAUAGCCACCAUUUUUCAAAGUCCUGGCGAUGAAGUGUGGGGAGUAGUAUGGAAAAUGAACAAAAGCAAUUUAAAUUCUCUGGAUGAGUGGAGAAAGAAACAUCACACUGCCUUUCAGAAUCAGGGAAAUCACCCUUGCAAGCACAAGACAAGAAUGUGGGAUAGAGACCCCAACAUUCCUGUUCAGAACCCAAGCUUAGCUGUCUGUUGGCAGGCCCAAUCAGGUCAUGGCACCUGUAAUAGAUUAUUUGCAUGGGUGCAAAAGAAAAUGGUUUGCCGCUGGAGUAUCAAGAGAAGUUAAAAGCAAUAGAACCAAAUGACUAUACAGGAAAGGUCUCAGAAGAAAUAGAGGACAUCAUCAAAAAGGGGGAAACACAAACUCUUUAGAACAUAACAGAAUAUAUCUAAGGGUAUUCUACGUGCUAAUAUAAAAUAUUUUUAACACUUGAGAACAGGGAUCUGGGGGAUCUCCAUGUUUGAUCCAUUUGCAGCAGUGCUCUGAAGGAGUAUCUUACUUGGGUGAUUCCUUGUUUUCAGACUAUAAAAAGAAACUGGGAUAGGAGUUAGACAUUUUAAAAGGGGCGUAUGAGGGCCUGAAAUGUGUGACAAGUGAAUGUGAGUACCCCUUCUGUAAACACUGAAAGCUAUUCUCUUGAAUUGAUCUUAAGUGUCUCCUUGCUCUGGUAAAAGAUAGAUUUGUAGCUCGCUUGAUGAUGGUGCUGGUGAAUUGCUCUGCUCUGUCUGAGAUUUUUAAAAAUCAGCUUAAUGAGAGUAAUCUGCAGAGAAUUGAUAAUAACAUUUUGAGAACUGGAAAGAUGGUAUACUGUUUUUAGAGGAAUAAACGUAUUUGUGGUUUAA